GUCUAAAUUAAAGAAUCAAAUGGCCGGGGAUGCUGCUUGCUUGUGAUCAUACCUAGCUAACUCUCCUCACCCACCAUUCCCUCUCGUGCUUAUCAAAAAUUUGCACAAAUCAAAAUCACUAAACAAACGAACUUCUUUCAAGUGGUAGGUUUCAUUCAUUCUACCCACCCACUCCCCCAUCUACCCCUCCUCUCAUUCUCACUCUAUCUAUUUAUAUAAUCCAAUCCAAAUAUGCAAUGUAUAUACAUACAUACAUACAUGUUCAGAGGGAUCUUCUGGCUCUUGCUCUCUUGUUAUCAUAUUAUUCGUUACUAAAGACCAAAGAUGACUUCUUCUUUGGCUCUUGUUCUCUACUCCCUAGUUAUUGCCUUCUUUCUGUACUGUCUUCUUAACCUGCGCACCCUCCUUAACCGCCACCCGCGGCCGCUCCCGCCGGGGCCGAAGCCGUGGCCGGUGAUCGGGAACCUGCCCCACCUGGGCACGAUGCCCCACCACUCCAUCGCGGCCUUGGCGCGGGAGUACGGCCCGCUGAUGCACCUCUGGAUGGGGUCGGUGCACGUGGUGGUGGCCGCGUCGGCCUCUGUUGCCGCGCAGUUCUUGAAGACGCACGACGCCAACUUCUCGAGCCGGCCGCCCAACUCGGGGGCCAAGCACAUCGCUUAUAACUACCAGGACCUUGUGUUUGCGCCGUAUGGGCCGCGGUGGCGGAUGCUUAGAAAGAUUUGUUCGGUUCACUUGUUCUCUGCUAAGGCUUUAGAUGACUUCCGCCAUGUCCGCCAGGAGGAGGUAGCCAUCCUCACGCGCGCCUUAGCGCAUGCGGGGAAAUCAACGACCGUAAAUCUCGGACAACUCCUCAACCUGUGCACCACAAACGCCAUCGGGCGCGUGAUGCUGGGGCGCCGCGUGUUCGGCGACGGCAGCGGCUGCGGCGACGCGAAGGCCGAUGAGUUCAAGUCCAUGGUGGUGGAGCUGAUGGUGCUCGCGGGAGUCUUCAACAUCGGAGACUUCGUACCCUCGCUCGAGUGGCUCGAUUUACAAGGAGUGGCCAAAAAAAUGAAGAGGCUGCACUCGCGGUUCGAUGCGUUCCUAAGUGAGAUUCUUGAGGAGCAUAAGGUGGGGUCACUUGGUGGUGGGGCCCAGAGCCACACUGAUCUGUUGAGUACUUUGAUUUCUCUGAAGGAGGAUGCUGAUGGUGAGGGAGGGAAGUUGACUGAUACAGAGAUCAAAGCCUUGCUCCUGGACUUGUUCACAGCAGGAACUGACACCUCAUCCAGCACAGUGGAGUGGGCCGUAGCAGAACUCCUCAGACACCCAAAAGUCCUAGCCAAAGCCCAACAAGAGCUGGACUCAAUUGUUGGCCCGGGCCGACUCGUAACGGAGUCCGACUUGCCCCAGUUAACCUACAUCCAAGCCAUCAUCAAGGAGACCUUCCGGCUCCACCCAUCGACCCCGCUCUCUCUCCCACGGAUGGCGGCCGAGAGCUGCGAAAUCAACGGCUACUUCAUCCCGAAGGGCUCAACUCUUCUCGUCAACGUGUGGGCCAUAGCCCGUGAUCCAGACGCAUGGGCCAAUCCCUUGGAGUUCCUGCCAGAGCGGUUCCUUCCCGGCGGGGAAAAGCCCAAUGCUGAUAUCAGAGGGAACGAUUUUGAGGUCAUUCCGUUUGGGGCGGGCCGGAGGAUAUGUGCCGGGAUGAGCCUUGGGCUUCGGAUGGUCCAGCUAUUAACCGCUACAUUGGUCCAGGCCUUCAACUGGGAAUUGCCCGAGGGGAAAUUGGCCGAGAAGCUUAAUAUGGAUGAAGCGUACGGGCUGACCUUACAGCGGGCCGAUCCCCUCAUGGUCCACCCAAGGCCGAGGCUCGCAGCCCAUCUGUAUCAGGGCUGAGAGGUUGUUAUGAGUACUGGGCUAUGGGUUUCGUGGGCCUCUGUAGAUGAAAGUGGAAUAAUUGAGCACUACUGUUUUUUUGUUCCUGCAGCUUAUUUGGAUUUGUUGGCUAUUUUGGACCUUUCUUUAUCAGUUUGCUCUACUUGUUUUCUUAGUUUUCUUCAAAAUAGGAGUAUUCAUUUGUGUAAGCGUGUUCUAUAUCCAGGUUCAAAAUUAGACGAUUUGGUAGUAA